CGGACCCGCCUCCUUCACAUGCUUUCUUCUCCGACGCGCCCUCUAUUUCUCUCACCCACCAAGCGUUGACCUGCCGGGCAAUGAAAGGAGAAUAGAGGCUUGCUUCCUCGCAGGUCGGGAGCUGGAUCUCAUCUCGUCUGAUCUCUUGCCACUGGUAGUUCUCCGCAGGAUCAACCCUCUGUGGCACAUCGGUUGUGAACUUGUGGUUGGCACCUUUGUCGACAUGGACAUGAGAAUGUAAAACUACUGGCUCGGAGACUGCUUUUGAGGAGCCGCUGCCAUCCUCUCGAGGCGGAAGCUCGGCGCCGCACAGUUCCAACCCAAAUCCACCGCAAUCCCUCACAAAUCCACCCCCAGUUUCCAAUCAACCUACAGAUCCUGAAUCUCCGCAUCUCCAAUCCCCAGUUUACAGCUUGUUUCUUCACCAACGAGACCCCUCUGCUGCCAUGGUGACUUAGGUGCUACAACCUUCGUCGUCGUCGGCGGCGUCGCCGGAGGGCUCCGCCGGACUUUCUCGCUCUCUGCGGGGUCUGCUCCUGCCUCCGGCAAAUCGCCUGCUGUGGAGCUUCAUCCAUCGCUGAGUGAACAGCGACCCGGGUCCUCGCGGCCACCGCUCAGGCAAACCUCCGGCGCCGCCGCUCUGAUCUCCCUGCUCCGGCCUCCUCCGCCUAAGCCGGCCGCGGAUUGGAGCUCUCCUCCAGACGCUCUCUCCAUUAAUCCCAUCAGCAGCUCGUCUACUUGCGUGAGAGGGGAGAUCAGGAAGCUCUACGCAGCUGCUGCCGCCGGCCGAUUCAGCGCCGAGGAGCGAUGUGAACUGGCGUCGUCGUCCGCUCCCUCACAGCAAGCUCGCUUGGAGGCCCACUGGCCCAACCGAAUCCUGCAGCCUGCACCAUCGCCGCUAGGCUACAGCUACGAGGCCAUCCAGAGGAGACGAUGAGGACCACGAAGCGCUGCCGCCGCUGCCAACCCCACCUCUAGUAAGCGGUGGACUGCUCCACUGCUCCGCAGCCAGGCGCAAAGAAGCUGCCCUUGUCGCCUGCUGACGUCUCCGUGUCACGUCGAGCGUUGCUCCAGUGCCGGCAUCCAUCUCCACUACUUCGCACUAUGAUCGUCUUCCCUGACAAGCACUAUCACGCCGAAGGUGACGUCUCGUCCUCCGCUGAAGUUCCACCUACAGCCACUGCCUGCGCCCUUGCUCGGUUGGCGCCUCCGCUUCCUGCUCCACCACCGGCGGUCAUCGCUUCAGGACCGACAGUCGGUCGCCGCUCAGAAUCCACUGCCGCAUCAACCUUGUUCUCGUGCCCAGAUGUGAGACAACAAUGUCAUCCUCCUCUCCGUCGGGCUCCCCCCAUGCGGGGUCUCGGGCGAAGGGUUGCCCUCCUGAGAAUCCACCAUCGCCAUCGCACCGCACGAUGCUCCCGUCGCCACCACCAACCAAGAUCUAGACAGAGCAUAGCCUCGCCUUCAAGAGGUGGGCUCGAGGUUGAUGCUUUCGUUGCCUUGCCCAUGACCAUCAAGUUUGCUCAUGCAAGGACUUCUUCCGUUGCAUCCGUUGCUGCCGUCCUGGGCAUAGUGAGCGACAAUGCCGCUUCUGCUCUCCUACCACUACGCCGAGUUAUCGUCAACCUCCAAUUCAAGCUUGCCACUCAGCAUACUCGCACCUGGGCGGAUGUUGUGGUGAUGUCUCCACCAAGUGGGCUGUGUGGUCCGUUGACGGCUUCGACUACGAACAACACGAAUAGCGCCGCAUGUGCUGCUUGUGGGUGCCUUUGUCACGUUACAAAAGGUUCGCACACCUCAGUUGAGCCACUACUGGAGUCGCUUCGUUGUGACGUCCAAGAGUUCUUUGGGUCUCGACUCGAGGAGAUGAUGCGCCCACUCAGAGCUGAAGCAUCCACCAUCAAGCUGUGGCUAGCACAGGUGGCCAACCAUUUAGAACGUGUGGAGCCGCAUUGCAAGGACCCUUUGGUUGGUCUCUUUGGUCCUUAUUCCCCAGUUAGGUGUUCUCCAUAUCCAACUUUCUUUGCUUGUCAGCUGCAUGCAUGACUGCUCAGGACUCUUUGCCACAUGAUGAGAUUGCAGACCUUGGCAGUCAAAAGCUUUCUGAGGCCAACUUGAUGGAUGUGAUGCCUACAACCACAAAGGAGGAGGAGGUGAGGGCCCUUAAUUCCAUUUCUGAAAUUGUAGCCAUUGAAGAUCUCACCAACAAGUUGGAUGCAAUGCCCUCACGGCCUUCUAAAGCAAAGGAGUACGAGGAGCUCUCCAUGGAGCACACACUGCUCCAAGUUGUCGCCUCUUCUCGACUGUCGAUCACCAAGGAUUGUGUGCUUCCCAUUAUCAAGGAGGCAGUUGUGGCGGCAACGGCUUUGGCCAUGACCACUACAAGUUGCGAGGACAUGAUGACGGAGCAAAUGACCCAGCAGGUGGACACCUAUUUUGAGGAUGUUGUCGUGGUGGAAGACGCUUCUGAGGAUGAGGAAAUUGUCUCAGAGCCAUCAGUACUAAGCUCACUAGCGUCUUUUAAUGGCGGAGCUUCCUGCAAACAAGCUUACCGACUUCAUGAAAAUCAUUGUUACGGCAAAGGGGAGACUGGUCAACAAUCACAAUAUAAAUUGCUUCACAGAAGAUGAGAUCAAACGGAUCACUAACAGCUAUAGCACCCUCAUCGGUGAAGGUGGCUUUGGACAAGUUUACAAAGGUGCUCUGGAUGAUGGUACUACAGUUGCAGUAAAAAGAUACAUGCGCCAGAAUCUGACAGAAGGGUUUGUCAAGGAAGUAAUCGUACAUUGUCAAAUCAACCACAAGAAUGUAGUGAGGCUCUUGGGCUUCUGCAUGGAGGAAAAUGCUUUCAUGAUUGUCACAGAGUAUGUCUCGGGGGGGAACCUCCAUAAUCUUCUUCAUGGCAGCGACUAUCCAAUUUCCUUAGAUGCAAGGUUACGUAUUGCUAUAGAAUGUGCAGAUGCAUUAGGAGACAUGCAUUCCAUGUAUCAACCAAUCAUUCAUGGUGAUAUCAAGCCCGAUAACAUACUUCUGGACAGUAAAUUGGUUGCCAAACUGACUGACUUUGGAUUGUCGAGGUUGCUUUGCAUGGAUAAAACUCAAUACACCGUGCAUGUCGCAGGCAGCAGAGGUUACAUGGACCCGGAGUAUAUUGAGACAGGCCUUCUUGAUCCAAAAAGUGACGUUUAUAGUUUUGGGGUUGUUCUCUUGGAACUAAUUACCAGAUCCAAGGCAAGUGAAAGUGGGUUUUGUACUCGCCUCGGAAGAAACUUCACUGAUGCUCUAAGGAAAGGAAAGAAGGAGGCACGAAAAAUGUUUGAUACUGAAAUAGCAAAUGAUAAAUACACUAAGAUUCUUGAUGGAAUAGGAAAUCUAGCAGCAGAAUGCCUCACAAAGGGUAUCAAGGAACGUCCUGAAAUGAAAAACGUUCAAGAAAGACUCCAGUUUCUCAGAAGAGCUCUUCACCGUGAGCAAGCCCAGGAAAAAGUCGGUCAAAAGUCGAGUAUUCUGGGCAUCUUCAACGGGAAUAAUGCACGCAGGAAGCAUUUCGAGAGGAAUGGAGGCCUAAUACUACAAGAAACUUCUGGUCUAAAUAUUUUCACUGAACAGAGUCUAGAAAAAAUCACCUGCAACUAUUCAAAUGUAGCUGGCAAGGGUUAUUUGGGUUGUGCCUACAUGGGGUGGGUUGAUGACAAUACGAGGGUGGUGGUGACGAGGUUUAUCCUGCCAGAAGAAGCCGAAACAGAUUCCAUCUUGAACGAACGGUUUAUCCUGCCAGAAGAAGCCAGAACAUAUUCCAUCUUGAACGAACUACUAUUCUUGAACGAACGGUUUAUCCUGCCAGAAGAAGCCAGAACAUAUUCCAUCUUGCACGAACUACUAUUUGAACACCGCAUUUCCCAUAAAAACAUCAUCAGGCUUGUUGGCUGCUGUUUGGAGACGGUUGUUCCUCUGUUCGUAUACGAGUUUGCCGCAAAUGGAAGUCUGUACGACGUUCUGCACGGUGAUAACGGUAAAUGUCGUCUCUCACUGGAUUCCCGUCUCAAUAUUGCUAUUGGAUCGGCAGAAGCAUUAGCAUAUUUGCACUCAGUGAGGGCUACCAGAAGAGGAUACGGUAACAUCACAUCCAGCAAUAUAUUGCUAGAUCAUAAUUUCUUGCCCAAGGUCUCCGUAUCAUUUUUGGAAAGCAUUACAUUCAAAAGAUUUUUAUAUGAGAUUUCAUUCGCCUACGUCGACCCAGUUUACUUGAAAACUGGUAAGUCCAUAACAAAGAGUGAUGUCUACUCUUUCGGAAUUGUCCUCUUGGAACUCAUCACCAGAAAAGGAGCAAAAUAUCGGGACGGGGCCACCACCCGUUCCCUCCUGAUUGAAUAUACCAAAGUCUGGAAGGAACAAAAUAGUGGAAAACCCAUGUUUGACAAGGAGGUUGCAGUCGAGGGGUGCAUUGCUAUCCUUGAAGAGAUGGGGAAGCUAGCAGUUGAGUGUCUCAAGGAAGAUGUAGACGAGCGACCAGAAAUGGUGGAGGUGGCAGAACGGCUUCAGAACCUGAGAAGAGACUGGAAGCACGGCGAAGGUGGCUGCGGGAGCUCUCAUGCCAAGGAGGAGACAACAGGAGGCCACUGAUUCAUGGGGCAAAUAUUUCUCUGCGGUAUGCGCAUUCGAGUUGUUAGAGAAAGUAUGUGCUGCUGUUUGAAGAACAUUCAGCUAGCGGAUGGCCGUGUAUUGUAAUAAUAACAAAUAAAUUCUCUCAAGAUUAUUGUGGUUAACUUUGAAUUAGUGAGAGGAACAUAAUGUUCAAAUUAAAGCACAAAAA